AUGGCAGCGGGAACUGUCGCCCUCCUUUCGGUGUCCAAGAUCAUCUUACAUGGGGACUUUAACCUAUUCAACUACGACUCAGACAUUGCCUUGCUAAAAUUAACAGAACCAGUUCAGCUGACCAAUAGAGUGCAGUUGAUUUGUCUCCCGUCGCAUCAAUUUCAGCUCUCUGACGCGAACCUAAAGAAUGGAAAUCUAGGAUGGGUGGCUGGCUGGGGCAGCAACGCUAAUAAUAGCGUGAGUGAUGAAUUGACGGAGAUAAAUAUCCCUGUGGUAUUGAAUAGAAAAUGUCAUCUGGAGACCACAGACUUCACAGGCGAUAAUCGUACCUCAAUAACUCUUACCACGAACGUCUUUUGUGCCGGACACGAUAGGAAUACUUCUAUUCAAGGUAUGCCCAUAAAGAAGCUGUACAUAGUUUAA